AUGUCUGCCGUUAAGACGUCCCAUUUGCCCAAUGAAGACCUGCAGGCCAGCAAGCUCUUCGAUGUCUCGCACAUUGUCGCGGUCGUGACCGGUGGUGGCACCGGGAUUGGGCUGAUGAUAGCCCAGACGCUGCAGUCCAAUGGUGCCAAAGUCUACAUUACAGGUCGUCGGCAAGAGGCGCUCGACGCCGUGGUCAAACAGUACAGCAAGGGGCCCGGGAGUAUUCAUGCAUUGCCGGGAGACAUCACCAAGAAGGAAGAAUGCAUUCGGCUCGCCGAUGAGGUGGCUAAACAGGAGUCAAAUGGCAUUCACCUGCUGGUCAAUAACGCCGGCAUUGCUCGAGACGACCACACAAAAUUCUCUGUCGCCGGCAAACCGGACAUGAAAUCUGCAGAGAGCAUCUCGCAGCAUAUGCUCAAGUCCGAGGUCGACAACUGGCAAGAGACGUUCUUGACAAACAUCACGGCUCAGUUCUUCAUGUCGGCCGCUUUCCUUCCGCUCCUCAGCAAAGGCCGAGAUGUUACCCCUGGUUACACUAGCAGCAUCGUCAAUGUGACCAGUAUCAGUGGCCUCAUGAAAGGCUCGAGCAACGGACAGUGGGCCUAUGGCGCCAGCAAGGGCGGAUUCGUACACCUUACGCGCAUGCUAGCCAGCACGCUGGCUGAGACGAAAGUGCGGGUGAACCAGAUCGCUCCGGGCAUUUUCCCCAGCGAGAUGACGACUGGUGAAAGUGACGAAACUCAGAAGAGUGAAUUGGGCUCUGAGAUCAGCAAUCCUGCAGGCCGAGGUGGCGGUGAUGCGGACAUGGCAGCAACCAUUCUGUAUCUGGUGGGCAAGGGCGGCCUGUUUUUGAACAAUCAGCUUCUCCAUCCUGAUGGCGGGCAGAUGUUGAUCGCGCCGGCCGCCAUAUAA